AUGGCUGAGUCUGCAAUGAGAACCCGGGGUGCAGUCUCGGGUGCAGAAGGUUUCUGGGGUCGUUCUCUUGAUCGUACUCUCUCGUUCGAGGACCAGUCUCGCCGUGGUCGGGUUGAUUCCCGCGAGCUUGGAUACAUUAUGGAUGCCCGCGAGCCUCAUCGUCGCAACGAUUUCCACGAGUCCAGUCGCCGUAAUCUGGUCCUCGAGUCUGACCGGCGUUUGAACGGUGGUGAGUCCGGUCGUGGGCAUGGACAGGAGUCUGGUCGUGGCCUGAGUCGUGAUCAUGGCUCUAGCUAUUAUCGUGAUUAUGAGAGAAAGCACUCUCGCCGUGACUAUGACGCAAACGAGAGAGAGAAUGAUCGAGAGCGAUACCGUCGUCGAGAAUAUUAUCCCAACAAUUACCGUGAGGAAGAUUAUGACUCUUACUGUGGCAGGGGUGCCAGUGGCAAUGACAGACGCCGCUGCUUUAUCUGCAACAUACCGGGUCAUCUUGCAAGUCGCCAUAACGCAUGGGCACUCACAAAUCACAGACAUGUUGCCGGCAGCAUCGGCAUGACUGAACCGGUCCUCCUCUCCAUCAACUCCCGCGCUCAGAUGAGCAUCCUGCCUCAGCGCGCCCCUCCGCAGCAGGAGCUGCUGCCCGUAAAUCUCUCUGCUCUGGCCACUGCGUGGCAACAAUACCUGGCUCCUGGAAUUGACGAGGUGGAAAAUGCUCUGGCUACACUGCAGUCAGUCAAUGUGGCUAUGGGAGCUAUGGCUCCACAUGCUGAAAUCUCGGCAAUGGUCUCCUCGUGGGACAAGUUGAUCGCACCCGGAAGAGUCCGUAUGGAGCGGUCUCUGGCUGCCAUGGGCUUUAGCCCCGAAGGUGAUCGCCAAGAAGGUCGUGUAAGCUCAUCCACUACAACUGCUCGGGGCAACCAAGAGGAGCCAAAGUAUGCUGCCAAUGAGUCUGUAACUAUGAUGACCGAUGCUGUGGAAGUUGGGGCUACCAAUAUUGACACUGGUUAUGAUUUUGACAUCUACUGA